AUGAGUCGUUUCCGCAUUCGUAGCAGGGCCGGCUCGCUUCUCAACUCCAGUUUCGAUUAUCUGACAAGUCGUGAUUGGCCGGCCGUCGCCGGCUCAGCGCGAGCGAAACUUCAACUUGCCUCCACUUCAGCAACUACGCCGACUCGAGACAUCAGGGCAGGUCAAGCAAGUCACUUUUCUUCCUCAACUUCGCUACCUCGUGUCAGGGACAUGUCGGGUCGCGCUGGUGUCGAAAACGUCGUCCUACUUCCCGGUUGGACUCAACGAAGGGUGGCUCGCGACCGUCACCCGCAAGGCUGGGCUACCAUCGACGCUCCCGAAGAUCUGGAAGAUGGCGAGGUUGAGCUUCACAUCUGGCUUCACGGCUUGGUUGCUAAGACGCUCCAUUCUCCCAGUAGAAGUCAGAGGAUCUUUAAUCAAAUGGCACGCCAACUCGCAGGCCUUCCCAAGAUUCAACCUCAGCCUGCCGGAUCUUCAAUUCUAGAUUCCUCUGCGGCUGCAACCUAUGUCGAAGAGCCUCAGCAGAUCGAUGGUGAUCUCUUCCUUCAAAACGACUCCCAUGGGCGGAGCCAUGAAAAUUUCUCCGAGAUAAUCGCUCGCAAGGUCAUCGAAAAGGCUGAUGAUCAAACUCUCGUGCGUCUCAUGGAGGACCUUCACGCCUUUCCCACAGACUCUGCCGCCGCCAGAGAGGCCGCAAAGGAUGCCGAUCAGAGUCCAGCCGCAGUCAGUGCUUCCAGUACUUUCUCACAGUCGCCUAAACGGACCGACACCAUGCUUUCCGGAGGCUCAGCUCAAUGGCUCACCAGGAGUCUUGACGAGGUCGCUGUCUUUCAUCAAAAUCUUUCUCGACGCUUACAGGCCUAUUGGGUCUAUAGAUCGCCUUACAAGGACGUCCACAUUGAAGUUACUCCCGUCAUUAACGGCACUGUUGCCUGUGACCAAAAGGGAAAUCGUCUCACCUUGGCCUCCACCCGUCUCACCACCGAUUCCACUGGCCAAUUUGAGCAUCGUCUCAUUGUUCCGUGGCACAUGCUGUCCUCCUUCUGUCGCCAUUUCGCCGAUCACCUCCAAGCCUCACCAGAUAAGAUAGAAGCCGUCGAAAUCAGAGCGAAAUUGCUCUCCUCGAUCGCCGAAGGCUCCGUCGAAGCUGGUUCUGAAACCACCUGGCGGCGUUGUCCCAUCCAUGAGGACCAUCCACGCCGUGUCAGGGUCAUUUCGGACAUCGAUGACACCAUUAAGCACACUGGUGUUGUUCAGGGUGCAAAACAGAUCCUACGAAAUGUCUUUGUCCUCCCCUAUCACGAAGCCGAAGUAAAAGGAAUCUCGUCCUGGUAUCAUGCCAUGGCUGAUAUGGGCGUCGGCUUGCACUACGUCACCAAUGCACCCCUCGAGCUUCAUAGUCUCGUCUUGGACUUCCUUGAGACAGUUCGGCUUCCCAUCAGCCAUCUCGUUCUUAAACACUACCCGAGUGGCGCUCGCAGCUUAUUGUCCAGCUGGCUCGAACCGGCCGGCGAGCGAAAGCGUGCCAAUGUUGUCAAAAUCCUUGACAACUUUCGGACCUCCCAGUUCAUCCUCAUCGGAGACAGUGGCGAGCUCGACCUCGAGCUCUAUUGCGCUUUAGCGGCAGAGCGUCCUGACCAAGUUCGUGGUAUUUUUAUUCGCGAUGUCAGCACUCCAGCUUCCCAGAAGGCCGAGCCUUCCGCCUUUUCCGCGGCCCCGUCUGUUGAUGGACCCACAAACAUCUCAGCUUCAACACUAGGAGGUGCUUUGCCGAAGGCUCCGCGAAGUGCAGUCACUCAGUCAACAUGGGUGCGACGCCCCGACGCUGCAGAACCGGCUUUUUUCGAUACGUCCUAUCAUCCCCCGAGAGCGCCAGCAUCAUUAGACUUGCCCGCGAAUCGAUUAACAGAUACAGCCGCACACGCAGCUCAAUCAAAUCGCGCAGUUUCUGAGCAAGAGAUCAGGCAGGCGCAGGCAUUCCAGACUCGUCUCAACAAGUCCACGAGCAUAAUUCCACGCUCCACCGUCUUCAGACUCUUCAAGGAAGGUGCCGACGUCGAGAAACAGGCUUGCCAGCUCGUUCGCGAACUACAGAAUGGCACUAGACCAGCUGAUCGGCCCUUAUAG